AUGCAGUACAGUCAUCAACCAUCCUUACCACCAUCACAUACAUAUUUUACUCCUAUUCAAACAACAUCAUCUAUGCAAUAUGCAACUGUAUAUCCAACAUCAGCACCUCCUAUUCUUCCUUCUUCUUCUUCUUCAUCAUCAUCAUCUUCACUAAAACACAAUAGAAAAUCUCAACAUAAUCAUAUAUCAUCACAAUUAACACCUAUACAACCAGUAAGUUCUUCUUAUAUGUCACCGAUCGCUUCGCCAACAACAUAUAUGUCGCAUGGUUCAACAUCACCAUCAUCAGAUCUAAAAGAUAUGGAUACAGUUAAAUUAUUUGUUGGACAAAUACCACGACAUUUAGAAGAACAUGAUCUACGACCUAUAUUUGAAGAAUUUGGACAAAUCUAUGAGUUAACUGUAUUAAAAGAUCGUUUUACAGGCAUGCAUCGUGGAUGUGCUUUUCUAACAUAUUGUCAUCGAGAUUCGGCACUCAAAGCUCAACAAGCACUACAUGAACGACGUACAUUGCCUGGUGUAACCUACGCCAGUUGGAAAGCGCGGUGUAAACGCGCAAUGAAAAGAAAAUAUCGUGACAACAGCACUGAUACGUCUCCUUCCACUUCUUCGGAAUCUUCAACUACACUCAUGAGUCGUCCUAUUCAAGUCAAACCAGCAGAUAGCGAAUCGCGAACAGAAGAUCGCAAAUUAUUUGUUGGAAUGUUAAAUAAACAAAUGACAGAAGAAAAUGUUCGAGCUAUAUUUGAACCUCAUGGUACUAUAGAAGAAUGUACAAUUUUACGUGGACCUAGUGGUGAUAGUAAAGGUUGUGCAUUUGUUAAAUAUGCUACACAUAAUGAAGCACAACAAGCUAUACAAAAUAUUCAUGGUAGUCAAACAUUUCCAGGUGCAUCAUCAUCAAUUGUUGUUAAAUUUGCUGAUACAGAAAAAGAACGACAAUUAAGACGUAUGCAACAAUUAGCUGGACCAUUGGGACUUUUAUCAAAUCCCUUAGUACUUCAACAAAUAGCUGCAAAUUUAAAUUAUCAAGGAUAUACACAAUUACAACAACAAACUUUAUUAGCAUCAUCAACCGGUAGUCAUCCAACGUAUACAACUAUACCAGUUUUAACUACAUCUGGUCAAUCAAUGAGUAAUGGAACAAUGACACCAUCAACAGGUGAUUGUGACAAUAUGGAUUUUCCGAAUUGUUCAUUAGUUAAUGCAUCUCCUGUUAAUAAUGGUCCACCCACUAUUUAUCAAACAGUAUCUGGUCCAAAUGGUCAACAAACUGAUUUAUUUUCAUCAGGCAUGCAAUAUAACACUAUGGUUGGUCCAACUAUUGAUUCUGCUACGGGUCUUCAAUUACAACCUGGUACAGCUUAUGCAACAUUACAAGCUCAGUAUCCUAUCUAUGCUCCAACGACUAUUUAUUCACAUUUACCAACUACAACACUUAUACCAGGCGCAUUAGCAUCUCCGAAUAAAGAAGCUUUACCGCAGUUCUUUGGUCCAGACGGUUGCAAUCUUUUCAUCUACCAUUUACCACAAGAAUUCGGCGAUUCCGAACUUGCAUCCAUGUUUAUGCCAUUUGGCAAUGUUAUAUCGGCUAAAGUUUAUGUUGAUCGAGCUACUAAUCAAUCCAAAUGUUUUGGUUUUGUUUCCUAUGAUAAUCCUCAAUGUGCUCAACAAGCUAUACAAUCGAUGAAUGGAUUUCAAAUUGGUAUGAAACGUUUAAAAGUUCAAUUAAAACGACCAAAAGAUUUAGCUAAACCAUAUUAA